AUGCUGCGCCGUCAAGCCCGUGAGCGUCGAGACUACCUCUAUCGGAGAGCUUUGCUUCUCCGCGAUGCCUCCAUCGCAGAGAAGCGAGCCCAACUAAAGGCUUCAUUAGCCUCUGGGAAGCCACUUGAUCCUUCCAUAGCAGAUGACAAACAACUUCGUGAAGACUUUAAGUAUGACGAGUCGUUACCCACAGCGGAUAAGGACAAUAAAGAUGCGGACCUUUUGGAUCUCGAUGAUGAAUACGCCCUCACGUCUGGUAUUGUCGAUCCUCGUCCCAUUGUCACAACGUCCCGAUCCCCUUCUGUUCGUCUGGGGGCAUUCGCGAAAGAAAUUCGUCUGCUUCUUCCUACGUCCAUUCGACUAAACCGUGGAAAUACUGUUCUACCCGACCUUGUGUCCAGCGCAAAUGCUGCGGCGCUAACCGACAUGAUUCUUUUACAUGAGCACCGUGGAACUCCCACUGCGAUGACCAUUUCACAUCUCCCUCACGGCCCCACCGCGAGUUUUUCGUUGCACAACGUUGUACUCCGUGCCGACAUUCCCAACGCUGCCCGUGGGACGGUGUCAGAAAGCUACCCUCAUCUCAUCUUCGAAGGAUUCACGACGAAAUUGGGUGCUCGUGUCGUCCAAAUCUUGAAGCAUCUUUUCCCUCCUCGUGAGGCUGGAAAGGUCGGCAACCGUGUUGUCAGCUUUGUGAACAAAGAGGACAGCAUCGAGGUGCGACACCACGUUUUCGUGAAAACAGGGCAUCGCGAUGUUGAGUUAGCCGAAGUCGGGCCGCGAAUGACAAUGAGGCUCUUUGAAAUUCGGGGAGGUUCGCUAGAGAAAGGCUCUAGCGGUGAUGUUGAAUGGGCUCUUACUCAGUACACCCGGACAAGCAAGAAGAAGGAUUACCUUUAA